UUACCAAUAUUGAUUUUUUUUAAAAAUUCUUAUCAUCAUUUGCAAUUUACUCAAAUUUUUGUGUUCUUGAUAACUUAUUAAAAACUAAUAUUAAUUUCAAAAUAUACUUGAUCUAUUCCUCCUCGUUUACGAUAGCCAUACCAAUUCCCUAAAUAAUGUCUGAAACCGAUCCCAAACCAUCGGAAAGUGAAGGUGAUAGAGAGGAGAAGAAAGAAAAAAAGAAAAAGAAGAGUAAAGACAAAGAUAAGGAUCGGGACAAAGAGAAAGAGGUUAGUAUGCCAACGCCUGUUAAAGAAGUAGAAAAAGAACCAGAACCAGAAGUAAUAAAGGAAAAGGCAACAACGACCACAGCACCGGCUUUAAGUACGGGAAAGAAGAAAAUGAGAGCUCAGAGGGCUACUUCCAACGUAUUUGCUAUGUUUGGCCAAACUCAAAUUCAGGAAUUUAAAGAGGCUUUUACUAUGAUAGAUCAAGACAGGGAUGGGUUCAUUAGCAAAGAAGAUUUGAAAGAUAUGUACGCAUCUUUGGGGAAAGAUGCGAGAGAUAAAGACCUCGAGGAGAUGUUAUCUGAGGCGCCUGGUCCAAUUAACUUUACCAUGUUUUUGACAUUAUUUGGAGACAAAUUAUCAGGAACUGACACGGAAGAUGUCAUAAGAAAUGCAUUCAAAAUAAUCGAUGAAAAAGGCGAGGGCAAGAUUAAAGAAGCUGUAAUGAAAGACUACUUGACCGGAAUGGGUGAGAGGAUGACUCAUGAUGAAGUUUCCGAUUUACUCAAAAAUGCUCCAUUCACGGAAGCUGGUCUUUACGAUUACGCCAAAUUAGCGCAUUUGAUAACUCAUGGAAGUGAUGAAGCUUAAUUUUAUUUAUGUUCCGUGUUUUUUUUAAAUGUCAAAUACUAACAAAAAAUUUAAAAGAAAAAUAAACGUAUUUCCCUUUCCAAAAUAUUUUCAAUAUGUAAUAAAUAUAUUUUUUUUAAACAACAAAAGAAAAUAUUGUAAGCUCAUCUUAAGUUAUUCUUCAAUUACAUUACACUGAUAGAAAAAUGUGUUUUUAAAAAAUAAUUCAAUGUUCAUGUUGUUAACCUUAGCAGAAUAUAAUCAUUAUACUUUCAUAUUUUCUUGCGUGCUAUAUAUAGACUUAAUUAUAUUUCCAAUUUAGAACACUAUUAAUAU